AUGACCAGUCCUGCGAUACCUGGAACAGCCCAAUUGGUUGACGUUGGGCAUGUCUUAUCAGCCCAGCAUGGUAAAGGGGACAGUGAUAUUGUCUUGAUCCCUCAGCCAAGUAACAAACUUAACGAUCCUCUCAACUGGUCGCACAGGAGGAAGACCACUGCCAUUUUUUGGGCUAUGACUUGGUGUGUACUUGCUGCGGCAAUCAUUUCCGGGCUUUCUCCCGCCUAUGUCAUGAUUUCAGAAGAUACAGGCAUCUCGAUUGCCGACCUCAGCACUGCAAAUGGUGUUUUCUACCUGUUUCUGGGUUGGGGAACUCUCAUUACCCAACAGCUUGCCCUCAGCUAUGGUCGCAGACCUGUGUUGGUUGCUUCAAGUGUUUUGACAACAUUUGUCACGCUCUGGUCGGCCUAUGUACGCUCACAAGGGGAGUUCUACGUCAACAGAAUUAUCCUCGGUAUUGUGUCCUCACCAAUGGAAACACUUAUUGAAGUCAUCAUUGGCGACAUUUACUUUACUCACGAGAGGGGUUUCUUUAUGGGUGUUUAUUCAUGGAUGCUCUGGUGCGGAGCUUUCAUCUGCCCGGUUAUCACGGGUUUCAUCGCCGAAUCGCUUGGUUGGAGAUGGAUCCAGUAUAUCCUGACUUUCGUAUCGGCGUUUAUGACCAUUACUACCUUUUUGUUCUUCGAAGAGACAAUGUUUUAUCGGGGAAUUAUUCAAACAGAGAUUGUAGGGAUCCAAGAUCGCGUCCAAUCUGUUGUCGUCGACGGCAGCACCGCUGAGAAAGGAUCAUCGGAUCCCAAGGCCCCAACUUCAUCACCACCCGACAGCCACUCUGAAACGGCCGGACCCGCUACCUACGAACUAGAUAACGAGAGAACCUAUAUGCAAAAGCUCGCUUUGUGGGGAUACAGGAAUCCAAAGCAGCCAAGCCAGCUGAAGCGGUUCUUCAUGCCCUUUAUUCUUCUUCAGUUCCCAGGUGUGGUCUUUGCCGGUCUUCUUGUUGGCAGUAUUCUUGCUUGGUACAAUGUUGUUGGUGGCUCAUUGGCCCUCAUUCUCAGUGGGCCACCUUAUAACUUUGUAUCUAACGUGGUCGGCUUGUUUUACCUUGCAAAUGCGAUUGGUGUUACCAUUGGAUGCAUAAUCUCAAGUUUUGCGAGUGAUCGACUGGCUUUGUGGAUGGCCAAGAGAAAUGGUGGUGUCAUGGAGCCUGAGCAUCGCCUUUGGCUCUGUCUGAUCGGGCUCCUGGCUCAUCCUGCAGGCUGUUUUCUGUACGGGCUCGGUGCUUUCAACCAGAUUCAUUGGGCAGGCAUUGCUGCCGGACUUUGCUUAAUCUCAAUUACCCUUCCACUCGGAUCUGUCCUCGCCUUUACUUAUAUUCUGGAUACUUACCCAGAGGUUGCCGGCGAAGGUCUUGUAUCUUCAAUCCUCAUUCGAAACUUGCUAGGCUUCGCAUUCGGGUACGCUGUGGUCCCGAUGAUUCAGAACCUGAACCUCAAAUACGCUUUUGUCUUGAUCUCCAUUCUGGGGAUUCUCUUAUGGUCUCUUUGCCUUCUCAUGAUCAUGGUUGGAAAAUACUUUCGCCGAAUCACGGCACAGCGAUAUUGGAAUCUGUUGGCUAAACACGGCGGCGAGUCUCACUAA